AUGCCACGAAAGACCUCUUCCGCAAAUACUCCCUCGAAGCCAGCGUGGAAGCGCAAGCGUGCCCGUGUUUCCACUUUGAUGCGAAGGGAAAUCUGCACUUACAAGCGAGACCACCCAAAUGCGACGCACGAAGCAAUUGGUCGCAUAUUCAAGGUGGCUAGGACUACUGUAGGCCGUACACUGAAGGACAAGGCUAGUUUGCGCCGCUUCGGCAAUCUAGAGAGUAAUUUGAAGCGCUGGGCAAAUCGGCGCUUCUUUGAGAAGAAACUCAUCACGGACAAGGACAUUAUCGCUGAGGCCAAAGAAAUUCGUGAGAGGUCUGACAGUACAGUUAAAGGCGUAUUUAAGGCGAGCAAAACGUGGCUCAAGAACUUCAAGCGUUACGAAGGCAUUGCCAAAGAAGUCAUUUUUUCCGACGCUCAGAUAUACGAGUGGUCGGGCGCCUUUGGUUUUUUAGGUUCAACAGAUCCACACCCUGCCUGUAGGAUGGCCGCAGAUAUCCUCAGCAGGUACCCGGGCAACCUAGACGUCCUCCAUGAUCCGAAUUACACACCACCAGCUGUCUCUGAUCUCUACCCUAAGCAGGUAGAUCAUCAUGUCGUUGACCUAGCGGAGUUAUCAGCCAUGAUAUCGCGCACGCCGACACCGGAACCGGAACCGUCUACUGUUACAGAAUGCGUCCCCGAGCGGAUCGUACACUCCACCGUGGAUCCCAUCGCUUUCGCAGCUGGUAUUUCCCGGAUCCCAACUCCAGACCCCUUGGCCGAGUCUCCGGUGGCGGCGGUGUAUCCCGUCCUUGCAUUUGCAACCACGAUUUCUCGAACACCAUCACCAGAUCUGCACAUGAUGAGCGAGAGACAUCAGGCUGAUCCUUCGCCAGGCCCUGACGCUGUUCUUGUCGGUCAUCCAGGAGAGGAAUGA